ACAAAUAAUAAGCGCAGCUACUGACAGCCUGUGGCCGGCGGUUACUGAACGCUGCGCAUCGCUGCACCUGACAUGAAAUAACGCUGCGGCAGGAACGAGCGGGUUUCCCGACCGGACAGCUGGACUGUUCAUUUUUCUUCAAGGAAUUUAAAGCCUCCUUGAGCUUGGAGAGUGGCACUAUGAAGACUGACUUGGAGGCUGGGAGUUUCAGUGCUGCAAUCCACUGUAACGAUGUGUGCCGUUCAUACGGGAAACUUAAAGUUCUCAACAAUCUCAACCUGACAUUACCUCAGGGUCAAAUUUAUGGACUGCUUGGGCCUAGUGGUUGUGGGAAGACUACCCUGUUGAAAUGCAUCGUGGGAACUCUGAAGAUCUCUCGUGGUCAUAUCACAGUGUUGGGGAAACCACCAGCUUUCCCAGGACAUGAAGUGCCAGGAAAGAUGGUGGGAUACAUGCCACAGGACAUCGCUCUGUACAAUGAGUUCACGAUUAGCAAUACACUAUGGUUUUUCGGUCGAGUUCAUGGCCUUUCAUCUAAAGAGACAGAAGCCAGGAUGAGUUUCCUCAUCGAUUUCCUGGACCUGCCACAGAAACACAGCCUUGUCAAAAAUCUCAGCGGUGGUCAGCGGCGGCGGGUCUCUCUUGGAGCUGCUUUGCUUCAGAACCCAAAACUUUUGAUCCUGGAUGAGCCCACUGUAGGAGUGGACCCUGUUUUGCGGGCCAAGAUAUGGCAACAUCUGGUAGAGAUUGUAAGAGGAGGACAAGUGUCCAUCAUUAUUACAACACAUUACAUCGAGGAGGCCAGACAAGCCAAUACAGUAGGAUUGAUGAGGAAUGGUCGGUUGUUAGCUGAAGGUCCACCAGAUGCAGUUAUGAAGCAACACAAUGCCGCAACAUUAGAGACUGCGUUCCUGCAACUUUGUGAGGACUCUGAUCAAAGCGGCCCCAAACAGAGUCCUCAGGGCCGUCUGCUGGACAGCAGCCCAUCUCCAGACAGCAUGAGGGAUGAGAUUCGUGAGCCCAUACUGAGAAAGAGCACAGCAGAAGACAUGCCUAAAUAUAAAGCUGACUGGAAAGUGCGAGCCAGACACAUCAUACCUAAAUGGAGCAAUAUUGCAGCACUGAUGAUCAAGACCAUGGUUCGAAUGAGGAGAAUGCCAGGGUCCCUUUGUUUCCAGUUUCUGUUGCCUGUAAUUCAGAUCUGUCUGAUGUGCCUGUGUAUUGGCGGAGACCCCAAAAACAUUGAUGUUGCUGUGGUCAAUAAUGAAAGUAGUCCCAGUGCCUUUAGUAGAUCUCUGCUGUCCUUUCUCGACAACACAAGUGUUAACCAGGUUAGCUUGUCUCAUUCUGAUGCUUUUGAUGGUAUUCGAAAUGGGGAAUACUGGGGAGUCAUAGAGUUUGGGGAGAACUUUACCAGCUAUUUAACUAAAAGGAUGUUGCAGCCACGAGUGUCCAGAGAAGUGGUUGAAGGAGGAUCUGUACAUGCUUGGCUGGAUCUGACAAACCGACAGAUUGCCCUAAUGCUACAGAAAAAACUCCAUCAGGCCUUUGAGGCUUUUAUGGAGAAAAGGCUGGGGAGUAUGUCAUACAUGGUGGCUGUUCCUAUAAAAUUUGAAGAACCUAUAUAUGGCAGUAAGAACACAGAUUUCACAACAUUUGUUACGCCAGGAGCGGUUUUGAGCAUUACGUUUUAUCUGGCAGUGGGGUUGACCGCUCUGUCUUUUGUGCUAGAGAGGAAGGAGGGUCUGCUAGACAGGUGUUGGGUGGCAGGUGUAAGUUCUCUGGAGACCAUGCUCGCACACCUCUUCUCACAGCUGUUUGUCAUCAGUGUUCAGAUCAUCCUUCUGCUGAUCUUCACCCUGCUGGUCUUCAACAUUCCUAAUGAAGGCUCUCUGGCUCUGGUGAUCUCACUGAUUGUGCUGCAGGGAGUCACUGGGAUCUCCUUUGGUCUGGUCAUAUCUUCUGCUAUCGAUGAUGAGCAGUCGGCCAAUCAGGCGGCUCUUGGAGUCUUCUACCCCAAUCUCAUUCUAAGCGGUGUUAUCUGGCCGGUUGAGUGUAUCCCGUAUCCUCUGCGAUAUUUGAGUCUCAUCCUGCCACAGACAUAUGCAUCUGAAGCCCUGCGCUGUAUCAUGUACAGAGGAUGGGGUUUGUCCCGCAUGAUGGUUUGGCGAGGCUUUGCAGUCACCCUUGGCUGGAACACAUUCUUCCUCAUGUUGGCGACCAUCAUUCUCAAGCUGAGAACGUGAGAGGCUCAGCUCAAUACAGGUUCUUCAGAUUGGGAAUGAAGGGGUGUUCGUCGAGGCCAAAAACAUGAUUGACACAUGAAUCUGCCAAUCAGAGGCUCUCUGUCUUCUUAAUAUGCCAUUCACCCAAAACUGGCCUCUAAAGGACCAUCAGUGUGAAACUCAGGGCAUUUCUCAACCAGCUACCCUUAGAGACAUGUUAUACAAAAUAAUCCAGUAUCGAGUCGACUGACAAUGUGAAGCAUAACACUGCUGGAGCUAUCCAUACUCUCUUCUUUUUCGCCAGUUUAUAUAAUGCAUCCGAGUAGGUUCAGCGUGCCUGAGUUUCUUUGUGUAUGUUCCAUAUGCCUUGUAUGUGCCAGUAAACCUUAUUAGACUGGGUACAAGCACACACCCAUAAACUGCUUUAGGUUAUAUGGCCUAAACAGUAGGAGUCUCCUCUCUUUGUACAGUAGUGUUUUGUUUUCCAAAAUCGCUGCUUGUUCAUUGUUUUUUUACAGUAAUAGUUUUUCUGUCUGGGUGAUGAUAAUCCAUUCAUGUGCCAAAAAAGAAAUGAAGGACGAACGGCGAUGUUUACAUUUGUGCACAUAGCAGGCCAAUGUUAAACCUGAUAGUUGCACUGAAAAGACAAGUUUAGUCUGUGUUUUAGGAUAUUUUAUAUAUGAAUGACAGCACAAACUGCAUCACAAUGCAAGCCAUAUGCUGAGUUACUUGGAAUGAUGAGAAUAGUUUGAAGGAUAUUUUAGCGUGCAAUAUUUGAUGAGGAGAUACUUUACAUAGAGGUUUUGGGUAUUAAUAUUAGAUGUGAAGCACUGUUCUUGUAAAAUGACAACCACUUAUGUACUUCGACAUUAGGGUUUUUUAGUUUCUACAUUCUACCCUCACUUACCAGUUCUAGUUUCUGGUUUGGUUUUAAUUGUAAGGGUUCAUCCAAAAAUCUAAAUAUGCUGUUAUAUGAAACAAAAUCAAUGCCAAAAGUAUUGAAAUAAAAAGCUUGUCAAAUAGCUCUAACUAAAAAAUAAUAAUACACUGGAUUAACAACUGCAUGUGUUUUAGUGACUUGAAUUUAGGUCCUGAAAUUUCACACAGCUGUUUACUUAAGCUGUUAAUAUUUCAAUUCAAAACACAAUUUUAUCCUUAAAUUUAAUACUUCAUCUUCAACCUUCAGAUUUCACUUUCA